UUAGAGGCACAAAAGCAAGUACUGUAAAUCUGUAAUUAGAGUUUUGCUGCCGCUCCACUGAGUUUCCCCUAUUUCGUAUCGAACGCCGGAAAAAAUUUUGUAUCACAUACAUACACUUCGUAAACUAAGGAUGUGGAGAUCUGUAGCAGCAGCCAUUGCAAGAAAAUCAAAGCUCUCUGGAGGCUUAUGUGUUGCUCUUCACUCUCAGCCUCAGGUACUUCAUUCUAUCCCAUCAAAAACUGCGGCUUUUCUUGCUCCCCAACUCAUUUUUCAUCAAGACCCGAGAUAUUUUUCUCAAGAUUCGUCAACCCCUUUAUCUGAUGAGGCUCAGAUACCUCAAUUUGAGUCAGCAUUUGGUGGAGAAGAUGUUAAAGAUGAUAUAUUUGGUGAUGCCCACAACGUGUUUGAUGAAUUGUGUGAAGAGAAUAAAGAGGGUGUUGAUGAGAAUUUGAUGAGUGAUGUUGUGGGUGAUGAUGAAAAUGAAGGGGGUGUUGUGAGUGAAGAGGCUGUGUUAGAGAAGAUGGAAAAUGUGGUGCCUUUGCUGCAGAGUGGUAAUGUUGAUGUGGGGGCAUUAAGGUCUUGUCUCAAGAAUGACAUAAGUGUGGAGUUACUGGAAAAGUUUGUUCUUAGGGUGGUUGAAACCCCGCUUAUUUCGGGUGAGAAUUUGAUUGGAUUUGUGAAAUUGGUUUUGGAGAAAGAUAAGGUGGCUGUGAGCACUGCUGUUGUGGAAGCACUUGUUCGGGUUGUCUGUAUUGAACGCAAGAGGAAUAGUGCGUAUGCUCUCUGGGAUUUGUUGAAGGAGGUGGGAGAGGACAGUGUUGUGUUGUCUACGGAGAUUCUUAAUAGUUUGUUAUCGCUGCUUUCUGUGUUGGGUAAAGGAAAAGCUUGUUAUGAAGUGUUUGACAAGUUUGGGGAAUUUAAUUGUGUCCCGAAUGAAGAGUCUUUCUAUAUUACUGCUGAAGCUCUUUGUAAGAGAUCCAUCUUUGAUUGGGCUGUUUCUGUUUGUGAGACAAUGGUCAAUGCAGGGAAGUUGCCGGAUAUUGAGAAAGUUGGUAAGAUUAUUACCUGUCUGUGUAAAGGUAAAAAAGCUAAAGAUGCUCAUGCUCUUUACUUGUUUGCAAAGAAGCAAGAUAAAAUCCCACCUCGGUCCUCAGUUAACCUUUUGAUCAGCUCACUUUGUCGUGAGGAUGUGAAUGUCCCCUUGGCUUUGGAGAUGUUGAACGAAGUCUCUAAGGAAGAGAAAAAAGAUGCAAUCAAGCUGUUUUCUUCAGUCAUUCAGGGGCUGUGCCGAAUAAAGGAUACUGAUAAGGCAAAAGUUCUGUUAUUUGACAUGAUUGAAUCAGGUCCUCCUCCUGGAAAUGCUGUAUUUAAUACAAUCAUUAAUAACCUUUCCAAGGCGGGAGAAAUGAAGGAAGCAAGAAAGAUAAUGAAAGUUAUGGAAAGUAGGGGUCUGAAACCUGAUGUAUACACUUAUAGUGUGAUCAUUAGCGGUUAUUCAAAGGGUGGUGAGAUGGAGGAGGCUCGUAAAGUAUUGGAUGAAGCCAAAACAAAGCACUCCAAGCUGACCCCUGUGACUUACCAUACACUCAUCAGAGGGUAUUGUAAGUUAGAAAGAUUUGACGAAGCCCUGGAAUUAUUAAGUGAGAUGAAAAAAUACGGGGUACAGCCUAAUGCAGAUGAAUACAAUAAACUGAUUCAAUCACUUUGUUUGAAAGCUUUGGAUUGGAAGACCGCACAGAAGCUCCUUGAUGAGAUGGAAAACAAUGGCUUGUAUCUUAUUGGGAUCACAAGGGGACUCAUUAGGGCAGUCAAGGAGCUCGAAGAAGAGGGAGUUGAAACCGCAGAUGCUGAUGUUGAAGUAAUUGCUAAUGUAUCCUGAAGCUGAUUAAACCUCAUGGCUCUAGCCUUGUUUCCUCCCCCAUUUUGUAAUGUUUUUUAAUAGAUAAAGAAGGAAGUAUUGCAGGUAUUUGGUCAUAAUCUUGCACGUGUUUUCUGGAAGGAUUUGGAAUGAGUAGAAUCAUAAUUUUUUUCUAGA